GGACUGAGAGUGUGUGUAGAUGUGUAGCACAGUGAAAUAUGAGAGAAGAUACAGUACUGAAGUAGAGAUUAAGUCAGCAUGUGCUGUCCAUAAAGUUUUCUUGUCUUUUGUUUUUAAGAAUGUUUUCUGUGUAAAUGAGCACUGAUAUGACUUUUUACUGAAGACGGAACCAGUAAAGACAAGGAAAACAAAGCAAACUCCAGAGCUGAAGCAGAGACAGAUUCCAGUUAUACACGAUGGCAAACAAUCCUGAAGUGCUGCAGAAUAUAACUGAUAAACAAGUAACACUUUUGUGCCCUCCUGUGAACACGGAUCAAACUGGUCAAGUGCAGACCACCAGACCGCAGAAUGAACCAGUCCAGAACUCCACAGCUCAGACUGGAGGAACAGUCAAUGCACCUCUUCUACAUGGAAGUGUGUUUCAUGGACCAGUUAAUAUCAACUUUGGAGCUGACUCUACACACAGAGGUGGAGACAGAAGUGAGAAGGAAACUGGUAAGAGUGCAGCAGCCUCCUCCACUACAGCUCAGAUUGGAGUCUCAGUUAGUGCUCUUACUGCAGCAGCUAAAGAAGAUGGAGGUGUAAAAGAUGCACUGAAAAGACAUUUUGUGGCAAAAUUUGCAAAGCUGUAUGACAGGACUUCACUAGAAGGGAGUAAUUUGCUUUUGAAAGACAUUUACACUGAACUAUAUGUGAUUGAAGGCUGCACAGGAGGAGUGAACACUGAGCAUGAAGUGAGACAGAUAGAAUGUUUUUAUCCCAAAAUAGAGGAAACAUCAAUCAAGUUCAGUGACAUUUUCAAAACACAAUCCAGUGAAAAUAUGCGUGGCACUAAAGUACUUACACUGGGAAUAGCAGGAGUGGGAAAAACAGCCUCUGUACACAAGUUUAUUCUUGACUGGGCUGAAGACAAAUGCAACCAGGAUUUAGAUUUCAUUCUGUUUUUUCCCUUUCGGGAACUGAACGUGAUCAAAGAGGAACGGUACAGCCUCUGGAAUCUUCUACUUUACUUCCAUGAUGAGUUCCAUAAUGCAGAUGUAAAGGAGAUCUUGAAUGACAAGUGUAAGGUGGUUUUUAUAUUAGAUGGACUGGAUGAAAGCAAACUUAAUCUAGAUUUUAAUCAAAAGAAACUAUCUAAUGUAACAGAGGAGACCACCAUUGAUAAACUAAUAACAAACCUCAUCAAAGGAGAGCUGCUUCCCUCUGCUCUCAUCUGGAUAACCUCUCGACCAGCAGCAGCCAAACAGAUUCCACCCAAAUACUUUCAUCAUGUGACAGAAAUACGUGGAUUUAAUGAUCCACAGAAGGAGGAGUACUUUAAGAAGAGAAUCAGGGAUGAAGAUCAAGCCAGCAGAAUUAUUUCACACAUUAAGACAGUAAGAAGUCUCCACAUUUUGUGUCACAUACCAGUCUUCUGUUCAAUCUCAGCCACUGUGCUACAGGAAAUGUUGAAGGAUGACAAAGACAUGAAAAAUGCUCCCACAACUCUUACAGAAAUGUACACACGUUUCCUGCUGUUUCACACAAGAAUAAAGAGUGAGAAAUACAGCAUAAUGCAAAAUGAGGACAGUACAGAUCCCCCAUCUGAGAAAGACAGACUGGGAGUAGAGGGUGUAUUGAAGCUCGGAAAACUAGCUUUUCUUCAGUUACAAAAAGGACAACUCAUAUUCUAUGGAAAUGAUCUGCAGGAAUGUGGCAUUGAUGUUGAUGAAGCUGUAGUGUACUCUGGAGUUUGUACACAAAUCUUUAAAAAGGAUGAGAAGAUUUUCAGCUUUGUACAUUUGAGUUUCCAGGAGUUUCUUGCUGCCGUCUUUGUGUUCCUCACAUUCAGUCAUAAAGAUAACCCACUCUUUCAAACCAAAGGUGAGAAAAUAAAGUGGAAGUUUAAACAUACACUGGAUGAUCUCCUCAAGACAGCAGUGAAUAAGGCCAUGAAGAGUGAAAAUGGACAUCUGGACCUUUUCCUCCGCUUCCUUUGUGGUCUCUCCCUGGAGUCCAAUCAGAGGCUUCUUAAGAGUCUCCAGCGAGAAAUGGACAUCAAAGAAGUGAGUCUAAAGGCCGUUGUAGACUACAUUAAAAGAAAGAUCAAAAUGAAAAAACACUCUGAGAAGAGCAUCAAUCUCUUCCAUUGCUUGAGUGAACUGAAAGACAACUCCCUGACAACUGAAAUUCAGGAAUACCUGAACUCAGGAGAUCUCUCAACACAGAAACUGUCAUCUACACAGUGGUCAGCUCUGGUGUUUGUGUUGCUGAUGUCAGAAGAGACUCAAGAGAAGUUUGAGCUAAAGAAAUACAGACCAUCAGAUGAAGGACUGAGGAGACUACUGCCAGUGGUGAAAAACACAAGACGAGCAUUGUUGGAUCAUUGUAACCUUGUUGGGAGCAUCUGUGAAGCACUGGCAUCAAUGUGGAGUUCAGAUUUACCACUGAAAGAGCUGGACCUCAGUAAUAAUGACCUGCAGGAUUCAGGAGUUGGGCUGCUCUCUGCUGGACUGAUGAGUUCACAUUGUAAAUUGGAGAUACUCAGAUUAUCUGGUUGUAUGAUCACAGAAAAAGGCUGUUCUUUUCUGGCUUCAGCUCUAAGUUCAAACCCCUCACACCUGAACAAACUGGAUCUGACCUACAACCACCCAGGAGAGUCAGGAGUGAAGCUGCUCACUGCUAGACUGGGCGAUCCACACUGCUCACUCAGCACACUCAGAGUGGAACAUGGAGGUGAGAACAGAAUCAAACCAGGACCAAAGAAAUAUUCCUGUGAUCUCACUCUGGAUCCAAACACAGUGAACAGUUAUCUCUCUCUGUCUGACGGGAACAGAAAGGUGGAGUUUGUGGGAUCUUCACAGUCGUAUCCUGAUCAUCCAGAGAGAUUUAAUAUGUGGCCUCAGGUUCUGUGUACAGAGAGUCUGACUGGACACUGUUACUGGGAGGCUGAGUGGAGCGGGAUGGUUCAUAUAGCAGUAACAUAUAAAUCAAUCAGCAGGAAAGGAAACAGUCCUGACUGUCAGUUUGGAGGGAAUGUAAAGUCCUGGAAUCUGAUCUGCUCUAAUAACAGAUACUCUGUCUGUCACAAUAAUAACAGCACUGAUCUCUCUGCUCAUCCCUCCAGCUCUGGGACAGUAGGAGUGUAUCUGGACUGUCCGGCCGGCUCUCUGUCCUUCUACAGAGUCUCCACUGAUAAACUGACCCAUCUACACACUUUCAACACCACAUUCACUGAACCGCUCUGCACUGGGUUUGGGGUCGGUUGCGACUCCUCAGUGUGUUUAAAAUAAAAUAACAGAUGAGAUAGAACACUUUACUCUGUCUCUCUCUCUCUCUCUCUCUCUCUCUCCCUGUCUCUGUCUCUCUCUCUGU